GCAGCGAGAGCCGGGGAACUCUGUGUAUUACCUAGUAGUGCUGGCAUAGACUGAGGAGGAGUUGCGCUGUGUGUCGCCCGCUGCUCUCCUCUACAGUAACGUCCCGUUGUACGGUAUUCUCAGCUGCACGGAGCUCUGAGCCGGGAAUGGAGGUGAGGGAAGCCGGUUUGCGCCGCCAGGCCGUCAAGAGGCAUCUUCACAAGCACAACCUGAAGCACCGCUAUGAGUUCCUGGAGAGUCUGGGGAAAGGCACGUACGGCACGGUGAAGAGAGCCCGCGACAAGCAGGGGAAGGAGGUGGCCAUUAAGUCUAUCCGCAAGGACCGUAUAAAAGAUGAGCAGGAUAUGCUACAUAUUCGACGAGAGACUGAGAUUAUGAGCUCCCUGUGCCAUCCUCAUAUCAUUUCUAUAUAUGAAGUGUUUGAGAACAGCAGCAAAAUAGUGAUUGUGAUGGAGUACGCAAGCCAAGGUGAUCUGUACGAUUAUAUCUGCGAGCGCCAGCGGCUCAGCGAACAAGAGGCAAGGCGCUUCUUCAGGCAGAUUGUGUCUGCUGUUCAGUACUGUCACGCGAAUGGGAUUGUACAUCGGGAUCUCAAGCUAGAAAACAUUCUUCUGGAUGAAAACAAAAAUGUGAAGAUUGCAGAUUUUGGCCUUUCCAACAUUUACCACUCAGACAGCCUUCUUCAGACCUACUGUGGCAGUCCGCUGUAUGCAUCUCCAGAAAUAGUCAAUGGCAGGCCAUAUAUCGGACCAGAGGUCGAUAGCUGGUCCCUAGGAGUUCUUCUCUACAUUCUGGUCCAUGGUUGCAUGCCCUUUGAUGGACAGGAUUACAAAAAGUUAGUGACUCAAAUCAGCUGCGGUGCCUACAAAGAGCCAAGCCACCCCUCGGAUGCAUGCGGACUUAUUCGAUGGCUUCUAAUGGUAAACCCUGAGAGAAGGGCCACUCUGACUGAUGUGGCCUCUCACUGGUGGGUGAAUUGGGGAUAUCAGCACUCACUUUGUGAACCAGAAUCGACCAAAGACACCCCAUUCUCAAUUGUUGGUGGAUGGCUUCGGAAAUCCUCCCGUCCUUUGUGGGAUAAUAGUGCUAAGAUGCGCUCGUUUUUACGGCAACAUCUUCCAGGGGCAACAGUAACCCGCCAACGUUCACUGAAGCGAUCCAAGAGGGAAAAUAUGAGUCGGGUAAUAACGCCUCAGGACUCUCAGGAAAAGCCUCCUACUGUGCCACCGGCUCCUAAAAAAGGCAUUUUAAAGAAGCCUCAGCAGAGAGAGUCUGGCUAUUACUCCUCUCCUGAGCACAGUGAGGAUUCACCGAUGGGAGAGGAUGAUGAUUCUCCUGUAUUUACUGUGCCAACAAGUAUGGAAGCUUUGAAUACGGGUACAAAUGGACAAGAGGCAGCCACCAGUGUGGUUAGGAAAGGAAUUCUCAAGCGCAAUGGAAAGUUCUCUUCUGCUGGAGCAGCACCAGAGUUGUCUUUUGAUGCUGUAGACUGUUCUUUAAGGAAUGAAAAGUUACCUGUUGGCACGCUGGCUCGUGAGAAAGUACAGUCCACUGUUAGCCAAGAAAGCAUUCUUUCCACUGAGUCUUUUGAGUUACUAGACUUUCCCACUCGGUACAGAGAGCGUCCAAGAGGAAAAAAUAGAUCUAUGAGGGUUAGUAUCUCCGCAGAAGAUCUUCUGAAAUUAGAAACAGAUGAGAACAAUGAAAAUGAUGGUCCCAGGCUCUGGGAUAUGGGAUGCUAUCGGACACGGAUGGCAGAGAGCUGUCUGUCUUUAGGUGUGGCGGAAGAAGAAGCAAUGCAGGUUUACAGGACUGCGGUGCUCAUUGGUCGAGAGUUGAGCUAAGGUGCCUACUGUGUAUACUUGCUACCAUAAAGAGUCUUCUGAAGACAAAGGAGAGCGGUCACAGAGGCCUUGCUUGGGACUCUCGAUGUUGCCUAAAACACCACCUAAGAAUGUCAAACUGUGAUGACAUUACGAUAGAAUCAAGGAGUGUAGUAUUUAAGAAGAAUAUAAAAGUGGCAACAAUGGUGACAUCCUUCAAUGUUUGCACUGAGAGUCAGGGCACGCAAUGUGCUGCUUAGUUCAGGUUAAUCCCUUUACAAGCUGCUGCCUUAUCGUGAGCUUACCAUACAAGCAACAUACUGUAUUUGAUUGCAUAUUGAAUUGUGCAGGCUCAUACCUUGUAUAUCCUUAUUCUCUGUCUACCACAAAGGUUAUGAAUCCUUGGUGGAUAACAGUGACUUGAAUUUACUUCCUUGUGCCUUGGUUGAAACUUCCCUUUCUACUUGAAAAUACUGCAGCUACCAUGUAAUACCCCAGUGUACAUCCAAAGUCAAAGGUGAAAAACGAAGACACUGGUUAAGGGUUGUAACUAUAAAAUAAACUUGAUAGCACUAAAAACUGAAAGAGGUGGGAGAAUAUAAUUAGUCCAAGAAUUAUAGCUGGAGGGGUUCUAUAGAAACAUGAGUCAUUUCAUUUGCACAGUCUUUGGUCUUGGCCAAUAAUCCAGUGCAAACAAGUUUCCGUGUGUAAACAAGAAUGUGUGCGUGUUUGUAUGUAUAGCUGCGCACGCCCACACGACCUUGAGACAUGACGUGGAUAUUUUUUUAAGGGAUAGAAAAAGAAAAGUCUUCAAACUAAUUGGCAAUGAAAUUAUAAACAUGCCGGGAGCAAAAC